GAGGACAGCUGCAGUUGUGGCUGCGGCUGCUUCUCUGCUCUUGGCUCGGUGACGAUGGCGAGGCAGGGCUCCUUACGACACCAUAAGGUAUUGUCUUCAGGAAGGUUGACUGGAUCAACUAAAGUAGCAAGUAGCAAGAAACAAAUCCCUGUAAGAAAAGUGGCACAUUCAAAUGUUGAUUCUGGAUACUCUCUGUAUUCCACAGAUUCUGAGGAUCAGGUUACAAGUAUUCAUCAUGGCCUUGAUCGCUGUGCAGCUUUACUGAAAGAUAUUUUGCAAAAUGAAUCUGAAGGAAUGGCAAAUAUCUGUCAGAAGACAGGGAACACAGCCAUUGUCAGAACAACUUCCAGACCGUUACUUAAUAAAGGAAAAGGCUCAAAGAAGAGAGGCCUGAAGAAAAAACUUCCUUCUGUAAAUGUACAUAAAGAAAUAGUGCCUAUGUCAAAUAGGAAGCCAGCUUCAGCAAAUGUAACUGCUGCUGGAAAGGACACGGUCUCUGUAAACACUCAGAAGGUUCCUGCUAUUCAACCAAUUCAUGUACCUUGCAGUCAGCAUUCUCCUGUAACUCAUCAGAAACUCUGUGAGCAUGUACAGACACAAAUGUCUCUGCUAAAUAUGCAAGCUCCACAAAAAUCCGGUGGUGUUCCUGAAGUACCACUUUCCACUAUUCCUGAAAAUACAGCAUAUCAGCAUGUUACAGCAUUCAACUUCCGCUUACCUACCUCAACACCAGCUCUGUCCCCAGAACAUGCUGCUAAUCCUGCACUUGUUCAGCCUGGUGUUUCCAUGGACAACUGCAGCCAGUGUGGAUCACAAGCCGGACCUGUUCUUUUGCCAGCAGGCUCCAGUGCUUCCACUUCUGCUCCACAACUACAGCCAGUGGUUUCAUGUUCAGUUCUUCCCCAUUUAACUCAGCCAGGUCCCAAUGGCCCAACACCCUCUACAGUUCUUGCUCCACCUGCUAGUAGAGAGGCUUUGUCAGACCAAGGAAUCCAUGACCCACAGCAAAAAGAAACAGACCUAAUACAGCGUAUUCAGGCACACCUGGCUCUGUUGCAAACACAUGAAAAGGAGAGUGGGAAGUCUAAUGAAAAAGACCAUGGCGCUGAUCCAAUACAACCCAAGCCCUUGAAUUCCAGAGAAGAAACUGCUGAUGAAUACAGUGAGGGUACUGUUAGUGAAGAAGAGGACUUGAAUGGAGUUGAUGUGGCACCAGUGAAAGAUACAAGUUGUCAGACUAGUUUCGACAAGGAUGUUUUAAAGCCUAAAAAACCAAGCCAGCAAAAAACAUCUCAAAAACUGAAAACAGUGAAGUAUCUUUUGGGGGAACUCAAGGCCCUGCUAACUGAUCAUGAUGAUUCAGACAUUUUAAGACUGUUAGAUGAAGUAGAAGACACCGUAUCACUCUUCCCUGCAGCAGUUGGAAGUACAAAUGUGCAAGCUGAAAUAGCACUUGCUCUUCAACCUCUCAGAAGUGAAAAUGCUCAGUUGCGCAGGCGGUUAAGAAUAUUGAAUCAGCAGCUCAAACAUCAAGAGAGGGCUGAAAAGGAAUGUCAUCCGGAUAGCAACUUUGAAUUGAUUUCUCUCCAGGCUUUGAAUCUGACACUGAAGAGUGAAUUGAAUGAAUGUAUGCAAAGCAUUGAGUUGCUGCAGAAUAAAAAUGAAGAGCUCAUACAAAUCUCAGAAAGCCAAAAAGAAGAAAACAAAAGACUGACCAGAAUAAUCCACGAGAAAGAAAAAGAUCUGCUUGAAAAGAGACAGCAUUAUGAUAAUGGCUUAGCCAAGCUCAAAAUUGAAAUAGAUGAGCUGUUGGCUGACAAGAGGAAUUUUCAGUAUAAAUUGGAAUCUGCUGAGAAAGAAAACCAGAUUUUGGUCAUAACUUUACGUCAGCGAGAUGCAGAAGUGAACAGACUCUGUGAAUUGACUAGGGCUCUCCAGGGCAGUAUGUCCAAACUUCUCUCAGACCUCACUGUGGGCACUGCUAAACCCAAGCAGGAAAGGGGUCUAUCAAAAGCUGCCCUGGAAAUUCAUGAGAACCAGCUGCAGCAUGAUGCAUACCCUCUAAGUGAUUCCAUAAUGAACUACCUCAAGAAAUUAGAGACAGAUCCUGUUCUGUUCAGUGCAAAGCCUCCCUUGUCAAAGCCUGAAAUAAAGGAACCAAAUCAAGUGCCUAAGAUGAAGGGAGCUGAACAGCCUCCUCAAAGAAACACUGUUGCAGAGGAAACAGCAGCUCCAAGGAAGGUUUUUAGCUUUCUAAAGCCUGAUGUUGUAGCAGCCAGCAACUCAAGUGCUUCAGUAGAAGGGCAUGAGCCAAAUGAGCCUAUUUACAUUCCACUAAGUCACAGUCCAUCUUGGAAGCCGGCGACAGUUACUGAAAGGAGGACAAACACACACCAUCCAAUUCCCCAGACACUGGACCAUAGCUCUCGGUUGGGUGCUUCUGAGCAACCAGAUGGGCUUAGGAUGCUGGGCAAUGCAAAGGCCUGUGAUAAAUUCUAUGGUAGCCAUAGUCCAAAGAAUGCUUUUGAAAAUAACUCUGAAAUGAUGGAGAGGAUAGCAGAGCUGGAAGGCAAGAAGCAUCAAAUGCAGCCAAAAGAAAUAACAAACGGAGCUGCUAAAGUGAUUUUGGACAAUCCAGACAGACUUCAGCCUGAUAAAUUCCUCUGUGCUCCUAUUUCACAUCAGAAAGGAGACGUACAGAAGAAAGGCACUGGAAUGUCAGCUCCAAACUCCAGUUUUUCAACUUUUGACUGGAUGUCAGGAAAAUCUGAAUGGACUAUAUCAUCCCUUUCAACAUUCACAUCCAGAGAUGAAGAAGACUUCAAAAAUGGUCUGGCAGCUUUGGAUGCCAACAUAGCUAGAUUGCAAAAGACUUUGCAGAGUAGUUUGGAAAAAAAAAUGAGUCCUUAAAUACAUUUCCACAGGACAGGCUGUGAAGACAUGCUUUUCUUGACAACCAAAUUAUUUAUAAUAACUUGGUACUGUUUUUGUAUGUGACUGUCACUUGAAUAGUUGACGUAAAAUUUAACUUAUUUUCUUACUGAAAAAGGUCUUUGAUUACAAAAAAAAUCAAGCAUAGAUCUGAAAUAUGCCUGUAAGUUUUAAUUUUAGAAUUUAAAGAAAUUAGCUAUUCUAAUAAAGAUAAAAGACUUGAUGUUAUAUAGAACUA